AUGGUUCGGGCAUGCGGGCUGGGCCUGCUCUUGGCUCUGUUGCUGCCCCUGGUUGGCGCCUCCAAGCCGGUCACAGUGGUCAGACUCAACAAGGCCGUGCUGAGUUAUGUGUCUGAACUUGGGAGAGCCCCUCUCCAGCAGGCCUUGCAGGUCACUGUCCCAUAUUUCAUGGACUGGAGUGGAGGGGUGCUUCAGCCAACCAGAGUUCGGAUUCUGAAUAUCCAGGUGACCCACCUCCACCUGAACUUCAUUGAAGGUCUUGGAGUACGUUUGUUGGCAGCAGCCAAUUUUACUAUUAAGGUCUUUCGAGUCCCGGAGCCCCUGGAGCUGGUCCUGCCUGCGGUACUGCUGGCGGAUGCCCGCGUGGCCCAGGGCUCCAUCGGGACCCCCGUGGUCAGCAUCUCCACCUGCCUCUCGCUCUUCAACAAUGCCAUCGUGUUGAACGGCAGUCACAGCCUGACUCCAGCGCUGCUGGUCCGGGUGCAGCAGCACAUCAAAGCUGUCCUGCGUAACAAGCUGUGCCUGGGCAUCUCCAACCUGGUUCAAGGCCUCAAUGUCCACCUGGGCACUUUAAUUGGCCUCACCCCUGUGGGUCCGGAGUCCCAGGUUCGCUACUACAUGAUCAAUACACCCAACAUCACUAAUGACUACAUUUCCUUGGAUAUCAACGCUGUUCUCUUCCUGCUGGGCAAGCCUAUUGUCCUGCCCGUGGAUGCCACCCCCUUCAUGCUGCCAGAGCAUGCGGGCAACAGCAGCGCCAUGGUGUCCUCCUUUCUCUCUCCCCCUCUGCUUCCCCAGGUGGCCCGCCAGUUCCCCAAUCCCAUGCCCUUGGUGCUCAAGUUAAGGCUGGGUACCAAGCCUGUGGCCACACUCCAUACCAACAAUGCCACACUGUGGCUGCAGCCUUUCGUGGAAGUCCUGGCUGUGGCCUCCAACUCGGCUUUCCAGUCCCUUUUCUCCUUCAAUGUGGUGAUGAACCUUAGCCUCCAGCUCUCCGUGUCCAAGGCGAAGCUUCUGGGGACCACAUCUGUGCUGGGGUAA